AAAAACCUAACUAUAACUCAUACCCCCCUCUCUCUCUCACACACACACAUAUAUCUGCUGCUCCUCCCUCUUCCUUGUUCAGUUGCCUAAAUUAACUUUCAGGUGAUCAACAUGGAAAAUCUUGUUUUCAUCAUCGGAGUUAUAGGCAACAUCAUUUCCAUUCUGAUGUUUCUUUCGCCAGUAGGAACAUUCAGAAGAAUUGUAAGGAACCAAUCAACUGAGGAUUUUGAUAGCCUUCCAUAUAUAUGUACACUGCUUAAUUCAGCUUUGUGGACUUACUAUGGACUUAUAAAGCCAGGGAGCUAUCUUGUGUCCACUGUCAAUGGCUUCGGAGUUAUCGUUGAGAUUAUCUACGUCGCCUUGUUCCUUCUAUUUGCUAAUCCAAAAAUGAGAAAAAAGACUGCCAUCCUAGCUGGGGUUCUGAACGUGGGCAUUUUAGCAACAACCCUAUUAUAUGCUCAGUUUCUUUUACAUGGAGAGACGAGAAUUAAUGUUAUUGGUUUCCUUUCCACAUGUCUGAACAUCGUCAUGUAUAGCUCCCCUCUUGGUGUUAUGAAAACAGUUGUGACAACCAAGAGUGUAGAGUACAUGCCAUUUCUUCUCUCGCUUUUCCUUUUCUUAAAUGGUGGCGUUUGGACUUUCUACGCCGUGCUUGUGGCUGACUGGUUUCUUGGAGUACCGAAUGGGAUGGGAUGGUUGCUGGGAGCGGUGCAGCUGGUUAUAUACGCCAUUUAUCGGAACCCUAGUUCAUCAAAACCCAUCGUCGAAGAUUUAGAACAAGGAUCGCAGACGGAAUCCCUGCUGCCACCUUCUUCCACCUCAACUCUACUGUGAAUUGAGAUCGAUGUUGUCAUUAUUAUUGGAAUCAUUAAUUUCUUCCAAUGAAGCAAAACGAUCAAGGACGACCUACACUCGUGCUCUUAUGCAUAUGUAAUUCGUCUUUUGCUUAUUUGUUUUGGUCCUUCAAUGUGUUUAUUCUUUACAAUUUGAAAAUAUAAGUUUGAUAUUUCAUAUUA